UCAAUGUGCAUAGGCGGAAGCGCCUCUCAUCUGUCAAGCCAGCCACACCGACUAAGCGGUGAAGUUUAGCUCAAGUGCAAGGACUUGUUUAAUUGAUUCAGUGAAUACUUUUCAAUAUAGUUAAAAAUGGAAGGCCAGCGCUGGUUGCCUUUGGAAGCGAACCCCGAUGUAAUGAACCAAUUCCUGCGGCAGCUGGGUCUGCAGCCGAGCUGGCAGUUUGGAGACGUUUACGGCCUGGACCCAGAGCUGCUCAGCCUGGUUCCCCGGCCCGUGUGCGCGGUCCUUCUCCUGUUCCCCGUGACAGAUAAGUAUGAGUCCUUCAGACUGGAGGAGGAGGCGAAGAUUAAGGCCCAGGGGCCACAGGUCCGCCCGGACGUGUACUUCAUGAGGCAGACGAUAGGGAACGCCUGCGGGACCAUCGGACUGAUCCACGCCGUGGCGAAUAACCAGGCCCGGCUCGACUUCGAACCAGACUCUGCUCUGAAAAAGUUCCUGAUGCAGUCCAGCUCCUUGAGUCCAGAGGACAAGGCGUCUUUCCUGGAAAAAGACGAGAGUAUCCGUGUGACCCAUGAGUCCAGUGCCCAGGAAGGACAGACAGAGGCCCCGAGCUUAGACGAGAAGGUGGACUUGCAUUUUAUUGCGUUUGUGAAUGUUGGAGGGAGUCUGUAUGAGUUGGACGGACGUAAGCCUUUCCCAAUUGCCCAUGGGAAAACCACAGAGGACACUUUCCUUGAGGACGCCACAGAGGUGUGUCGGAGGUUCAUGGCCCGGGACCCGGACGAGCUGCGCUUCACUGUCGUCGCUCUCUCCAAAGCGUGAAGCGAGCCGCCGCCCCCCCAGCCCGCUGACCCCCCCCGCCCCCCAUCUACACAUUACUGCCAACCUGCCCAAGUGCUCAGAGUAUUAGCAUAUUAGCAUUUCUACUGAGUUACGGUCGCUAUGGCGAGGAACAUAGACCGAUGUAUGCAAGUCUGCAACUGAUUUUUCCUCAAGGUUUUGGUGGCCAGCUUUACAAAAAUGGAUUUAAAAAAAUAAUAAUAAUUAUAAGAAUAAUUCUUCCAACAACUUUCUACUGGAAUAAAAUAAUGAUGUGUGCUGUGGGAUUAUGACUAAAAUUAUGGGUGUACAUUACUGAACAUAACUGUUUAUAUUCGGCUGCCAGUCCUUCAGUAUUAAUGUAGUUCUGCUUGCAGUCAGACUGCCCCUACACUAAACUAACAACGGUUCUCGUUUAAAGUAUAGGUUGUGAAGAACCUUAAACAUAUUGAGAGGGUAAAAACUGACAGAAUUGAUGCAUGUGUGCUAUUAUUUAUAUGACUAAUUUCCAUGUGUGCCACAAAAGAACAAUUGUGAUUUUUCUCAACAAAAUGAAUAAAUUUUCUUGAUCUCUUGUUGA